GAUGGGUUUAAUUGAAAAUAAACUCCUGUGCUAAACUCUGUCUCCAGCUAAACUCAGAGAUUUCUGGCUGCUUGGAUUUUAGUCCCAAACCCUUUCCCCUCCCCUUUUUGCCUGUUUCUACAAUGUAUCUGGGAACCUGUGAAAUAUCUAUUAUUAAACCAUUUGCUAGCAGGCCCCUAGAUAGCAAAGACGGUCUAGUGUCCGUUUUGAGAGCAAUUCAAAAAAAUAACUUUGCCAGUUAAUGACACCUCAGAUAAGCAACAACAGAUUGGAAUGGAGUGUGGUUUCUCUUCCGAGGUACUCAGACCUUCCCAUUCAGUUGGAACACUUCAAAUGUCCUGCUGCUAAAUCCUCUUGCAAAUGGCAAGCCAGCUUAGUUUAUAUAACGGUGCCGCCCUUUGGGAAGAAAAGCAGCCUUUCAUAACACAUUUUGUGACUACCUGUUAUGUGCCUGCCCCAUUAAUCAAGCUACUUUCCCUGAUAAAUGUUGCUUUGCAAAUGCCCUUGGCUGUCUACUUGCUCUUUGCAUCACACGACAGCCUGUGUUGGUUGUACCGGUUUGCUGCCGUAUUGUUGAAGGUUGAACCUUAUGUUGUUGUUUUUCCAGGUAAAAUAAGACAUCUUGUUACAAGUGAUGACCUUGGUCCUCUGACUAGAAUUCUUGUGGUGAAUGCUCUGUAUUUCAAGGGGAACUGGAAGCAGACAUUCAAAGCAGAGGGCACCAGAAUGAUGGCAUUCACCAAGAGUGAUGGUUCCAUAACCAAAAUACCAAUGAUGCACCUUCAGCUCUCUACAAAGCUUGGCCACUUUACUGACCAUACUGUGAGUUACCAGGUUUUGGAGCUGCCAUACAAAGGAGAGGAAUUCAGUCUGCUUCUAAUCCUUCCUGCAGAAGAUGUGGCUAUAGAGGCGGUAGAAAAACUCAUUACAGCUGAGCUGAUAAAAAAUUGGCUUGCUGGGAUGGAAGAGUAUGAAGAGGUAGAACUCAGCCUUCCUAGGUUUAAGAUAGAACUAACGGUGGACUUGAAAGAAAUUCUCCAGCCUCUCAACGUUACUGAGAUAUUUAAUAAUGGAUGUGACCUUUCUGGAAUAACAGACGCUGCUGAUGUACAUAUUUCUAAAGCCAUUCAAAAAGUCUGCAUUGAGGUAAAUGAAGAUGGCAGUGAAGCUGCAGCAUCUACUGGUAUGCAUGUGGCAGCAAUCAUGAGCAUAUCACGAAACCAGUUUGUGGCUAACCGGCCAUUCCUGUUUAUCCUGAAACAUAAUUCUACAGGGAGGGACUUCAAUCAGGGAAAAAGUGCAGGGAAGCAGACUGAACACUAUUUCCCUGAUCAAAUUAGCCCCCUUCCACAGCUGCUUUAAAGAUGCCAGAAAAGC